AUGGCGGACGAGAUAAGAAGAGCAUCAAUGCCCUACUUGAGUUCUAUCACUGAGAGUAUUAAUAAGGAUUGGCAACAGACUGCCAACCUGUGUAUUACAUUCUCUGAAAUCCUUCCCAAAGUCUACUCCCAUGAGAAGAUGCAAAAAGCUGUUGAUGCUGUAAGGAGUUCCACUGCCAAAGUCAUUGUGCUUUAUACGUCCGAUAUUGACCUCCGUCCCUUCGUGCUGGAAAUGGUUUACCAUAACAUAACUGACAGAACAUGGAUAGCAAGCGAAGCAUGGAUCACCUCAGCUUUCAUUGCAAAGCCUGAAUAUUUCCCAUAUUUUGGUGGGAGUAUUGGAUUCGCAAUACCAAGAAGUGAUAUACCAGGAUUAAAGGAAUUUCUCUAUGAUGUGCAUCCCAGCAGGGAUCCAGAUGACAUCCUGACCAUUGAAUUCUGGCAAACUGCCUUUAACCGUACUUGGCCCAAUAGCAGUGUCCCUUACAAUGUUGACCACAGAGCGCAUAUGACUGGUAAAGAUGACAGAUUGCAUGCCAUGUCGGAUAAACUGUGCACUGGAGAGGAGAAGUUAGAGGAGCUUAACAAUACCUACCUGGAUGUAUCUCAGCUGAGACUUAUAAACAAUGUCAGACAAGCUGUGUAUGCUAUGGCUUAUGCCUUGGAUCAUCUAAGCUUGUGUGAAGAGGGACGGGGACCAUUUAUUCCAGGGCAUUACUGUGCAAAUAUUUCUGAUUUUCAGCUUUGGCAGCUCACGUUUUAUUUGAAGACAGUCAUGUUCACAACCCAUGAUGGAAGGAAAAUAGAAUUUGACACAAAUGGCGAUGUGGUGGGAUACUAUGAUAUUCUUAAUUGGCAACUAGAUGAUAAUGGAGACAUUGCCUUUGUGAAGGUUGGACAAUAUGUCUAUACAAAGUCUAAGUAUGAAUUCAUCAUCAGCAAUAAUUCAGCAAUAUUUUGGAAUACUGAAUCAUCAAAGAUUCCCCACUCCGUGUGUACUGAACUCUGUCCUCCUGGGACCCGGAAGGGGAUUCGUCAAGGAGAACCCAUCUGCUGCUUUGACUGCAUGCCUUGUGCUGAAGGGCAUGUGUCAUGGACAGCAGGCCAAAGGGAAUGUGAACGGUGUGGUGAAGACUAUUGGUCCAGUGCACAGAAGAGUGAGUGUGUUCUCAAAGAGGUGGAGUUCCUUGCUUAUGAUGAGGCCCUGGGAUUCACGCUGGUCAUUCUCUCCAUCUUUGGGGCACUUGUGGCCUUAGCAGUCAUGGUUGUGUAUGUGAUGUACAGGCACACUCCACUGGUGAAGGCCAAUGGCCGGGACCUGAGCUUUCUCAUUCAGGCUUCUCUUAUCAUUAUAGUGUUGUCAUCCAUACUUUUUGUUGGAAAGCCAUACGACUGGUCCUGCAUGGCUCGGCAGGUCACUCUGGCACUGGACUUUUCUCUUUGCCUAGCUUGUAUUCUUGGGAAGACCAUUUCAUUAUUUUUAGCCUAUAGAAUUUCCAAGUCCAAAACUCGGCUUAUAUCCAUACGCCCCCUUUUUCUAAAAAUCAUUGUGCUGAUCUCUGUCUUAGCUGAGAUUGGCAUCUGCACAGCUUACUUGGUGUUGGAACCCCCAAGGGUAUACAAGAACAUGGAAUCUCAAAAUAUAAAGAUCAUUCUGGAGUGCAAUGAGGGCUCUAUAGAAUUUUUGUGCUCGAUGUUUGGGAUUGAUGUCUUCCUGGCCUUGCUUUGCUUUCUGACGACCUUUGUGGCUCGCCAGCUGCCAGAUAAUUACUAUGAAGGAAAAUGCAUCACGUUUGGGAUGCUUGUUUUUAUUGUCUGGAUAUCUUUUGUCCCUGCUUAUUUGAGCACCAAAGGCAAAUUCAAAGUGGCUGUGGAAAUAUUUGCAAUCUCGGCAUCCAGCUAUGGUUUGUUGGGUUGUAUAUUUGCUCCCAAGCGCUUCAUUAUUCUGCUGAGGCCAAAGAGGAACACGGAUGACACUGUUGGUGGAAGGGUCCCCAUCAUAGACAGGAGUAUACAACUGACGUCAGCUUCUGUGAACAGUGAGCUUAACAACACCACCGAGUCAACUGUUUUGGAUGACUGA